AUGGCAACGGACCAGCUCAAAGCCUUGAACGGCACUUCCAAGGGCCAGGUCCCCAAAGUCCCUGCAGUGCCACUUCCGAAAAUCAAAAGUAUUGAGUAUUUCCGCGUCAAGCCGCGAUGGUUGUUUGUCAAGAUCACAGAUGAUGACGAUGGCUAUGGCUGGGGAGAGGCCACGCUAGAAGGCCACACCAAGGCUGUGGAAGGGGCACUAGACGAGAUCAUUGAUCGGAUCAUUGGAUAUGAGGCUGAUGACAUUGAACAUAUCUGGCAGACGAUCUGGCGCUUAGGAUUCUAUCGUGGAGGCCCUGUCUUCAUGUCCGCACUGUCUGGCAUUGACAUUGCACUGUGGGAUCUCAAGGCCCGACGGCUGAACGUACCCAUCUACCGCUUACUCGGGGGUAAAGUCCGCAACAAGGUCCAAGUGUACGCAUGGAUAGGUGGUGAUCGGCCGAAGGACAUCGAGGUUGCCGCCAAAGCCCGCAUAGCACAGGGUCUGAAGUGCGUCAAGAUGAACGCAACUGAAGGCAUCAACUGGCUCGACUCCCCUUCCGUGCUGGACGCGACGGUGGAACGACUGAAGACCGUCAAAGCGCUGGGUCUGGACGCCGGGCUCGACUUCCACGGCCGCCUCCACAAGCCCAUGGCGAAACAGCUGGCCAAGGCACUGGAACCGUACCGGCCGUUAUUCAUCGAGGAACCAUUGCUGGUCGAACACCCGGAAGGACUCAAACAGCUAUCCGACAGUACGACGAUCCCAAUCGCUCUAGGAGAGCGGCUGUACACGCGAUGGGACGUCAAGCGGUUCCUCGAGGAUGCCAGCAUCGACAUCCUGCAGCCCGACAUUGCGCAUGCGGGCGGCAUCUCCGAGACCAAGCGCAUCGCCACCAUGGCCGAGGCUUACGACGUCGCCAUCGCGCCGCAUUGUCCCUUGGGCCCGAUCGCUCUGGCCGCAUGCAUCCAGGUCGCGCUCAGCAUUCCCAACUUUGUCAUCCAGGAAAUGUCGCUUGGGAUGCACUACAACAUCGAGGCGGGUGAGGAAGACCUCAACACGUACCUGGUCGAUCAGUCCGUCUUUGACAUCGAGGACGGCUAUGUCAAGGCCCCAACGGGUCCGGGUCUAGGGAUUGAGAUUGAUGAAGAUGUCGUCAGGCGGAUUGCGAAGACCACCGAGCCCUGGCAGUGUAAAGAGUUCUAUGGGCCUGAUGGGGCUAUCCAGGAGUGGUAA